AUGGCGUGGUCGUGCUUAAGAGUGCUGUGUUUUGUUUUGUGCAGUGUUUUACACAGUGAUUCCGCCUGGGCGACACAAAAAACUGAAGCACAUCCUGCCACUUUGGAUUUCAGCCGUUACACACUUGUCAAGCCACGGCUACACCAUGGGAGAGAAAAAAGACAGAUAUCAUCGACCAAAGACGAGGGUACUGAACACUUGGAUCACGUGACCAUAAAGUUAGAUGUAGAAAAUGAGGAAUUCAUCUUGGAUUUAACCUUAAAUAAACAGUUAAUACCAAAAGGUUUCUUCUAUCGAUAUCAGGAAAAAGGAAUCAACAAGGUUCACAGACCAACCAAAGAGGAAAUAGACUUAUGCCACUACAAUGGAAAAGUAAGAGGUAAAAAGGACUCCUGGGUGGCCAUUUCGACGUGCAACGGCCUGUCAGGAGUAAUAUUUGAUGGAAAAGAAAUGCACUACAUCGAAAAGGAUGUGAAUAGAAAAUCGAACGAUUUAGACGAGGACCAUCAUUUUUUCUAUAGCCACAAACACUUGUUGGAAACGAACAAAACCUGUGGAUAUGGCGGGGAUGCUAGAGAUCCUUUCAAAAUCCUUGAACAUGAUAAGCAGAAUAGAGCUUCUAGGUAUAAAAGAGCAGCAGAAGAAAACGACAAAGUCCGAGGUCCUUACAAUGCCAACAAGGACUCAAAAUACGUGGAACUGGUCCUGGUAGUCGACAACAUGGAAUUCAAACAUUUCUCGGACAACCACAGGAAAGUGGAGGACCAUUGCAAGGAAAUUGCCAACAUUAUCAACGGGCUUUACGCCCCGCUCAAUAUUUUUAUCGCCUUGGUCGGUGUGGUAAUUUGGAAGGAAAACGAUGAAAUCACAUUUUCCAGCAACGGCGAUACCACGCUCACGAACUUUUUACAUUACAGAAGAGAAAUUUUGGUCAAAGAACACCCGAACGAUAAUGCUCAACUUAUUACUAAAUUUUCUUUUGAAAACGGCGUUGUUGGUAAAGCUUUAAAAGGUCCCAUUUGUACUUACCAAUUGUCUGGAGGUGUUAAUAAUGACCAUUCUGAAGUCGUUGGGUUGGUUGCUGCUACAAUUGCCCAUGAAAUGGGACAUAAUUUUGGCAUGGAACACGACACGACUGAAUGCAAAUGUCCGGAAGAGAAGUGCAUAAUGGCGCCGAGCAGCGGGUCAGUGGCGCCCACCCAUUGGUCCUCCUGCAGCAAGAACUACCUGCUGCAGGCGUUCAUCCACGGCAUGGACUACUGCCUGAAGAACAAACCCAAGGAGCUGUUCGAAGGCCCCGUGUGCGGGAACGGCUUCGUAGAGCACGGAGAACAAUGCGAUUGCGGCUUGCCGCAGAAUUGCGACAACACGUGCUGCAACGCGACCACGUGCAUGUUGCACAGCAAUGCCAGCUGCGCCACCGGCGAGUGCUGCGAUCUAACGACUUGCAAACCAAAAACAGCAGGAACCCUUUGCAGAUCAGCCGAUUACGAAUGCGACCUCCCUGAAUACUGCACAGGUCAUUCAGAAUACUGCCCCGCCGAUAUCUUCAAAUUGGACACCGAAGCAUGCGAUGGAGGCGAAUCAUACUGCUACCAAGGCUUCUGCAGAACAAGAUCCGACCAAUGCAAGCUUCUUUGGGGCGAAACAGGGAUGUCCAGCGACAAUCAGUGUUAUUUGAUGAACAAAAAAGGCACGGGGCAUGGAAAUUGCGGGUACAACCCGUUCAAUCAAAGCUACACCAAAUGCAAUGACGAGAAUGUUUUGUGUGGUAUGUUGCAUUGCAAACAUUUAAAUGAAAGAUUGGAGUUCGGUAUGGAGGCAGUUGCGACUUUAACGCAUAGUUUUAUCAACAAAAAUGGGUCCAUUAUACCCUGUAGAACAGCUGUGGUGGAUUUGGGGGUGAAUCAAGUUGAUCCUGGUUUAGCACCAGAUGGUGCCAAAUGUGGUGAAGGAAAGAUGUGCGUGAAGCAAAAAUGCAUGUCAGUUGCGAGCUUGCGCAGACAAGGUCCGAAAUGUCAGGAAGAUUGUCAAGGAAACGGAGUUUGUAACAGCUUGGGACACUGCCAUUGCAAGGAGGGUUUUGCACCCCCAAAUUGCAAAUACCCAGGACCGGGUGGAUCACUGGACAGCGGACCUGCGGCUGAUCCCAAUGCUCACCAAGCAUUUGCCAACGCGAUGUUCAUCAUAUUCCUGGGCAUCAUACCUUUCAUGGCAAUCAUGGCGUUCCUCUACUACUACACGAAGCACAACCUGAGAUUCGGACGAAAAAAAUCGUUGACGCCAGCGUCGAAAUCCCCGUCGAAAUCCCGCCAACCGCCGUUCCCAUCAUCAGGGAUGAUGAAGAGGAACGAAGACAACCACUCCCUUCUUCACGAAGAAACUCCGGCAAUCCCGAACGAAUUCUUCGGCAACUUCAGGGGCUUCUCCAUACAGAAAAUCAAGAUGUUCGCGCCGGAAAAGGAGGCGGAACCCAUACGGGCCGCGCCGCCCCCGCCCGCCCCCCAAACCUACACCAAAUCGCCGCCCCCGGUGCCCCACCAAAAUACCAUCGCGGCGAAAGCCAAGUUUUUCGAGAAUACGACUUUACAGAACGGGGCGGCGGCGGCUCCGGCCUUGCCGCCCCCGAAUCCCGGCAGUAACGCCCGCCCCAUCAUAUCCUCGCCCGUUCUGGAAAACUCCACCUGCACCGCCAAAGAACUGGUUUCCCCGUUGAAGCAUGUAAGUAAUGUUAACAGUAAAACUGAGUUGCCGCCCCCGGAAGAGCCGAAAACUAAAACCGGAAGUGGCGCGUUGAACAGAAUCGCGUCGUUUUUGAAGCCAUCCGAAAAAAAACCCGUUAACAACAUCGAUACGUUACCGAGAAUGACCAAGUUGAAGUACAAAACGACGAUAUGCAAGGAAACGUUGAGGAGCAUGGAAAUCUCCAACCCCAUACCGCAAACCAACAUAGAAAUCAGCAUAGCAACGCUUCCGGUGGAUGCGGAAGAAAAAAAAGUCACGGUGACGAGAGCGCACAGCAUGAGGAGUCCACCGAACGCCAAACCGAACAUUCAAUCGUUCGGUUCCAUGCGACAGCCGAGUAAGAACCUCAAAAGACCGCUGAGCAUACCGAACAACCGUCCGAAAAUACCGCCCCCGCCUCUACCGCCCGCCAGCGUCGCCGCCAGCAAGAAACCCGUUGAAAAAAUCGACGAUGCAGUCGAUUCGCAGUACGAUGACUGUCUGAACAAAGCACCGCUAGCGAGUGUUAGCGAAGCUAACAGUCCGCAGAGCGGGGAUAAUAUUUACGCCGUCAUUGAUGAUACUGCUCCCGACAAAAACGACACGUUCGGUUUGCUAGGGGAGAUCGUGUCGGAGAUACAGAACAGGAACUUCGAUUCGAUAUACUCCACGUCUACUUUGGCGAGAAAAAAAAAAGAACAGGAGGAGAGACGUAAAAACGAGGAGAACUACGUGAACACAUCGGCCAUCUAUAAAUCGCCGGAAAGCGAGUACAGUAACAUGAGCAACGGAAAAUCAAGCGCUAGCUCUACAUCAAGCGGUUACAUCCACCCAUCAGCCAUAAAUAUACCGGUGAAGAAAGAAAUAUCGCAAAAACCAUUGACGUCAACUUUCAAGCCCAUAAGCCCGAACAAAAAAAGUGCCUCUCCGCCCUCUAAAACCCCCAGUCUGCGCACGCGCAGGCAGUCUCCGAGCACUCGCCGAAGCGUCACGAACUCGCCCGAUCUGGUGACGAGUUGCAGCGCGCCUCAGGGCAACAAGUCGCCCGACGUGAUCGGCAACGGUGCAACGGUGAAAAAGCCGGCGAUAACCAGUGCCAAACCGAAAAUCGCCGCGGGCAAGUCGGUUAAACCGCCGGCGAGCAAAAGCGUCGCGCGGCAAAACUCGCGCGUCUCCAGUUUGCAGCAGAAGUUCGAGAAAAGUUCCGCAACUCCGAAAGCGAAAACUUAAUAACGAGUGCUUUAACUUUUUAGUGUACAUAAAGAAAGACUCUUAUUUUAAUUGACUGACAAUUUUAUUAUUUAUGCGUUAUUUAUAUGAUAU